AUGGUCUCCUGGAUUAUCUCCCGCCUCGUGGUGCUGAUCUUCGGCACCCUCUACCCCGCGUACUCCUCCUACAAAGCCGUGAAGACGAAAAACGUAAAGGAAUAUGUGAAGUGGAUGAUGUACUGGAUUGUGUUUGCCUUUUUCACCACUGCAGAAACACUCACGGACAUUGUUCUUUCUUGGUUUCCCUUUUAUUUUGAGCUGAAAAUCGCAUUUGUGAUUUGGCUGCUCUCCCCUUACACGAAAGGCUCCAGUGUCCUCUACAGGAAGUUUGUGCACCCAACGCUCUCCAAUAAGGAGAAGGAAAUUGAUGAAUACAUUACUCAGGCUUGUGACAAGAGCUAUGAAACUAUGAUGCGAGUUGGCAAGAGAGGGCUAAACCUUGCUGCCAAUGCAGCAGUUACUGCAGCUGCAAAGGGCCAGGGAGUUUUGUCUGAGAAACUUCGAAGUUUCAGCAUGCAGGAUCUCACUCUGAUCCGAGAUGAAGAUACUGUGCAUAUGCGAACCUGUGAUCCACAGCUGCACCCCUCUGGUGGGAGUCUGCUGGAAACUAUUGAAGACUCAGGAGAGGAGAGCAGUGUGGCACAUCGGUCUAAUGGAACUCCGUCAGAUACCAGAACAGAUCCAUCAGAUGAAGAUGCAGGAGACAAACUUCCUAAACGUACCCAGAGUCUCAAAACUCCUAAAAAGGUGAUGAAAGCUGAACUUCCAGUGAGAAGUGUAAAAGCCCGUCCUAAGAAGAAAGCUACUGGCUCUCUUGCUUCUGGCGAGUCAUCCUAAGGCAACCUCCCCACCCCCAGCACCUUUUUCUGUCCUGGGAUUUGCCUUUUGCUUUCAUGGGGAAACUCUCCAAAGGAAGGGAGCUGAGAUUCUUGUAAAUAACCGAUACUGCUUUACAGAGCUCAUUCCAAGGCAAGGGGGAAGCUGGGAUUCAGAAAGCGGAGUAGAGGAUACAAAUCCUCAGGAAUUUUCUCCUUUUCAUCUCUCUGUUGGAGGGAAUGCUGAUAUGUCUGUACAUAGCCACUUGCUUUGGAAUUCCCACUGUGUAACUCUAGUUGAGAAUCUCUGGUGGAAAAACUGACUAGGGUUAGAGACAUCCAUUGCACAGAAGCUGGAAAAAUACUAGGCACAGGAGUUCCAUGGGGCGGGUGGCUCUUUAAAAUGUCUUAUCUUGCUCUGGGUAUUCUCCUGCAGCUGUGUGUUGUUAAGAAGUGCCCACCAUGAAUUGUAUUCCUUAAGAAUGGACCAUACCUGGUAUAUCCAUCGCCUUUGAGAAAGUAACUGAAGUGAUAUAUGCUGAGUGCUGUUGAGCAUAAAGGACUAGCUUAUGGGAGGUAUAUGCUGGAUUCCCAUUACUCAUACUGGAACCUGAAGAGAUUGGUUUUUAUUUUAUUUUUUCUGGAAGGUAAAGGGAGAUGACUGGAAAAACGAAUAAAGAAAAUGUGCUAUUAUGUGCACGUUAUAUGAUGGAGUAGGCAAGAGUUAGUGUUGAGAAGGAAAGUUUGGCAUCUCUAAGAUUUUGGCUCCUCUUGAAACUGCUGGAGUUUUAUUUCAGGUUCUAAUGCCCACUUUGACUCCUAUGAGAGCAUCAGAACGGGGUGAGUCCCAUGCAGUAGGUUCCAUGCAGUUCCAUGGCAAGUGUACUUGCUUUGCCAUUUAGUGUUUGAACUGGUGUUGUUGUGUUGCUUGUUACUUCAGACAAAUUCUUUUAUUCUAGUAGAUGUCUGGGGAAAAUCUGUCUCAAAAUAGUCUGUGGGCAUACUUGAGAAUUUCAGAAGCCCUUACCUCUCAGCUUUGUGAGAGUCAAUCCUCAGGACAUGAGAACUGAAACAGUUGGUUUAUUAACAGCUGAGUUCUGCUAACUUCAGAAUUUCAUUUGUUGGGGAUAAAAAGCAGGGACUAGGGCACAAUACUGUGAUUAAUCAGUCCUCUUGCUUUAUCCUGGUGCAGCUCUUGCACAGAUUUUCUGUCUGACAUGUGUCAUGUUUAUCAAUGUCCUGAGACAUGAGCAACACUUAAUAUAUGGGACAGAAAACUACAAGCAGUGUAGAAUAUUGUGAGAGUGAAAUUGCAGUGCUGCAGAGAAAAAUUGCAUCAUGCCAAGCCAUACUAAUCUCUUGAAGGUUGUUAAGGGGCGAUCCCUUGUACACAUGGUAGCUGAGUCAGUGAAAAUUUUGAAAUUUAUGAGUAGGGUUCUUGUUAUCAAGAUCCAUAAUGAAGGUGCACCAUUAUGGAUAUGGGUGUCUGAAUGAAUACUUGGUGGUCUUAAUUUUCACUGAAAUUAGUUAUCAACAGAACCUGGCUCCUACAUGCAGGUGUGUCCCAUACUUCUGGUGUCACAUUUCUGAAAUUAGAGUGAAUUCUUCACAGGGCCCAGUAUUCUAGAGCACAGCCUUUCAAAAAUUUAUGAAGUUGAAGACUAAGACUGAAUUUUUUUCUUGUUUCCCAUUGUCUUGGUGGCAAGUUAUUUGCUGUUGAAUUUACCAGUUAUUUCAGGGAGCCACUUAAGUUGGGUUUGCUAUUUUUUGUAGCUUUUAAAAAUUUAAACUUUACUGACCAUGUUAGAAACUUGGAUCUUGUCAGAAAUAUUUGUCCUAAAUAAUCCACAAGACUUUAUUCAGAAGUCAGUAGAAAAUUCUUGAUUUGGUUUUGAAUUUCAGAAAAAAACGCCAAUUAUUUUGUUCUUUGUUAGUUUAUUAGCAAACUUCAUGUCUUACUACACAUUCAAAUGCAUGUCCUGAAGCAGGAAUACUUUCUGUUUCCAAAGGAAAUUCCUCUCUCCAGAUAGAUAAAAAUCUUUCAUGGUUACGUGGAAGAUCCAGUUGUAAGGAGUUGCUGCCCUAGAACUUUCCUGUUCUGAGCAAGAGAGAACCAUUGUUCUCUAUGUACCAAGUAUGUCUAUGACCAUGUUACUUGAUUUUUUUUUUUUUAAUAAAAUUUUGCAUAGCAAAUUAUUUAUGUAAAUCAUUGUGAGGGACUUCAUUUGGAAGCCAAGUCUCCCUUUUUGCUGAUCUUGUCCUUUGCUUGUGCAUGUACUGUGAUAGUCUACGAUUAUGUUUCCAUAGAGUGACUUCUCAGAAUCUUCUCUAGAAUCCGUUUAUUUGUAGAGGCUUUUUUGCUUUGAAGCACAGGAAGAAUUUCUGAAGAUUCUGUUCUGGUAUUUGGAUUUACCUUUGUCUCCUGAGCUGUGCUAAAUAGCUUUUACUUAGCAUUGCUACUUGAUGUCAUUAGCUUGUGGGUAAAUACGGGUCAGUUUUACUCUGACUUUUGUUUAUAUAAGGGAACUGGCUUUUGGUUGCAAGAGUGAGUCUACAGUAGAGUCAGGGACUAUCUGGUGUGCAGUAUGAAGCUGAUGAGCAAGCAGAACUCACCCAGCAAGCAGAACUCAAGCAGCAGAACUCACCCAGGGCAAGAGCAGUGUCUCAGCAUGGAUACUCUUUUCUUCUUCUAGUACAAAUGUGACUGCUGGAUUGUGCUUUGCUUGAUCGAGGCCACUGCAGAUCUGCCACCACCCACGUGACCUCUUAGCAAGUUUCUAGAUGCAGUUGUGCAUUGGAUGGCACUGUCUUGCAUAGAAAUUCUCUUGUUAAUGAGAAUGCUGAAUGUGCUGUUUUGAUAAAAUGCUUUUAUCAACUGCUGUUCAGUGUUUUCAGCAGGAAAUGCUGGAAUGUAGUGUCUUUUCAGUAUCAUCUGUGGGCUUCGUUGUGCAGUUAAGUGAAUGGUUAAAUCUUCACCUAGCAUUAGAACCUGUUGUGUUUGGUAAAUGUGUAGAGCCUGGCCACAGAGAAAAGUGCAGUGAGAGAAAAUGAUACCUGAAGAGCGUGGCAUGUGUGUUUUGAACUUCAUGUGCCUAAAGGUUAUCCUAAAAUACCUGUACCAUGAGAUACAAAGUUGAAGCCAUGACUGCCUUUUGAAAUGUUUUACUUUCACGCUUUGUAGUGGUAUAAGUCAGUGUUCUGCUGUUGGAAAAGAAAAUAGUGAAAUGUGGUUUCCUGUCUGAGAAACUUAAUGUUUUGUUGCAUAAAAGGGAAAAAUUGUUUUCUUGUUUGGCAGUAAUCCUCUGUGGUGGGUAAGAAAUAGGAAAAUAUAGGGGAGAUAACUGUCAGGUUUUAAACCCUUACACUUUAUCUAAACAUCUUUAUUAUUUACUUUUUAAAAUUCAAGUUUGUGAUUCUCCAGCUUUACAUUUCUGGGACUGAUUUCUUCUAGAUUAGAAAAUUUCCUUGAUAGGUAGAGCGUAUAUACAGAGAGGGAUGCCGGUGUUCUUAAAAUUGCAAAGCUUGUCCUGGGGAAAUUCUACCUUCCCUCAUUUUAGUGAGUUGAUUUCCAUUCAUUGUGCUUUUGCAGUGCAGGGCUUUCUUUUAUAUAUCCCUUUUGGAAAUACAACUCGCUCACAAUAUACUUCCUUGGAAAGCAAGAUCUCUAGAGAACCACAACUUUUCAGAAAUUGUUAUUUAUUCUGUGCCAUCUUAAUCAGCAGGAAAUUUAGUGCCUUAGGAGAAAAGUAAGAUAUCUGUGGAGAACUCUGCUGGUUCUCUGAUCUACACAUAGCGUUGUAUUAAGGAGGCUCACAAGUAAACUGUGGAGUGUCAUUGUAUGCUUGAGAGCAGCUGUUGAAUUGAGCUGACUUUUCCUUUCUGUCUUCCAAAGUUGCAUAUAAUGCUGGAAAGUGUGGAUUGUUCCCUAAGAGAGAAAUCUAGGGAAAAAAGUUGUAUUCUAAUGGGGACACUGUAUUGUCACAUUUCUGCUUGCUGGCAAGAUGCUGAAUGACAUCUUUAUGUACCUGGUCUGUACUACAGCUUUUCUUGCUUUAGCCACUAGGAAUUUUGUAAUGCACUGUCUGGCUGAAGCAUCUCGUGGUGCUGCUUUGGGAGUUGGCUUGCGAAAUCAUAUAUGUGAAAAAACAGGAAUGUAUUCUGAAGUUGCAUGAGCUUGUAGAACCAAAGAGGUGUCAGGGUUGGAAAGGGGUCUCUGGGGGUCAUCUGGUUCAACCUCGCAACUCAGUCUGGACCACCCACUGCUGAUUCCUGUGUGCUGUUUCUCAUCUGGAGUCUACUGAGUUUAAUGUUUAAGAGCUGAUAAUAUGUGUAGAAAUGUGUGUGCUGUAUGGGAAUGUGCUUUGCUGAGGAGAAAUGUUUCCUGGUCACAUUUCAUUUUGAAUUUGGCUCUUAAGAUCUUAAGAGGUAUGCAGAGUAAGUUGUGAAAACAGUUGGUCUUAACAGUAAAUGGACAAAAUAACUUCAUAGCAGGUAAGAAUCUGUCUCAUGAGAUAGACAGAAUUAGAGUAGAAAAUGAGCUGUGUAUAGUACAGAGUUGUCCAGUAAAUACUGCUAACUUCCUGAGCCUCAAGCAAGACUUAAACUGUGCAUUUUACAGAUGAGAGGUUGGGGGUUUUGUUUGUGUGUUUUUGUUUUUGUUUUUUUGGGUUUUUUUUGGGUUUUUUUUUUGGUUUUUUUUUUUUUUUUUGAGCCUGAUUUCUCUCUUGGAGUCAGUCUCUGUCUCCCUCUCUCCCUUACCCUUUCCUUUCCCCCUCCCACCCCCCCCCCCCCCCCCCAAACUGGAUUUGAGCUCCAUUCACCAAGAUUCUUCAAACUUUGAUCCCUUCAGAAUAAUAAAGUUUGACUUUAACCUCAGCAGGCAAUUAUCUGCAGAGAGGAAUAUCAAGUAUCUCUCAUCACUUUGUAGCUGUAUUGUGCAAGAAGCUUCAGAGGAUAUAUUUGCCUGGGAAAUUCUACCCUCUGCCCCCUUGCCAAAGCCUGCAUUUUUGGGUGAACCAAAUUCUGGAUUUAGCUAUGCUCAUACACGCAUUUCCCUGUGGAAUCCCAAAACUCAGUGUCAGAAUUCCAGUGCUCUAUUUCUGAUGAUAACAGGAAUUAAAAGAAUAUUAAGUGAAAAGAAACAAUGGCAAAUUGGUGGGGUUUUUUAGUUGGGUUUGUGGUUUCAGUUUUUUGUGUUUGUGGGGUUUUUUGGGGUUUUUUUGUGUUGUUUUGUUUGGUUGUUUUUUUUGUUGAUUUUUUUUUUUUAACUUUGCAGGUAAAUUUAGGUCAUUGCUAUUUAUAUGCCUAAAAUCUUUGCCUGAAGCCCCUUGCAAGCUAUCUGCUACUUUCUUGAUCUCUUUCAUAGAGUUCCUGGUUUUCUAUGAAUUGGUAAUGUUUUUUUGUUUAUUAAGCAAGGGCUGGCUUCCAUUUCACUGACUGUGGAGACUUGAAAUAUACUGUAUUAGAGCUGCAAUUUAGCCUUUUUUCAUCAUGAACCUAUGACCUAGAUUAAUACAUGUGACUUGUACAACAAGGCCUAAAUCUGGAUUCCCAGGUGGAAUAUGAGCAUCUAUUACAAAUGGCGUAGUUUGAUGUAUUUCACUUUUCUUGCAUUGGAUUCUGGCUGAAGUGUGCUCACUGCAGACCCUUUGGAGAACAUUCUGUCAGCAUUUAACCAGAUAAUGUUAGAAGUAACAUUUAUGGGAAUACUGCAAAAAUAAGUGAACACAAAAGGAGCAAAUGUUCAAGUCAUCUGUGAUAUAUAACUGUCUGAGACUAUGUAAAACAUUAAAGCAUUUCUGGCAGCAGUGGAAAUGCAUUGCUAUACUGACUUACAGAGGCAGGGAGUCCAGUCAUGGUCUUUGUAGCAGGUUUGUGAGGAAAGUCAGUCUGGAUGGCAAGCAUAUAAAGUUUUACAUAAACUUUAUAUGGGAACUAUGGGAACUAAGUUUUUAUCACAAGUAAUGCUUAGUAACUUAACAAAAAGAAGUCAAAAAAUUUUGGUGACUACAAAAUGGAGAGAGAUUUUCCUGAUCAUCAGACCUAAUAUUGAAUAUAAACAUUCUGUAUUCAUGCUGUUGCCUUAUUUGGGAAAGCACUGCGUUAAUGGACUCCUCAUUUCUGGCUCCUCUGUAGGAUUAUUUCUCAAAUUAAUCUCAAAUUAGAGGUGCUUGGGUUUGACUCAUCAUUUUAAUGUCAAAAUCCCCCUUAGCACAGUGCUGAUCUAAAGGCAGUAUGGCACAGGGAGGAUUGUGAAUUACUUUUUGUCCACCAGAGGGUAUAAGAAUAGCAAAAUCACUGAACAUGAAUGAGCAGAGACACGUCUCGUAACAGUUAGUUCAGUUAUGACAGUUGAACAGCAAUGUUUCCUAGGUGUGAGUGAAGGUCCUCCUUGGGGAUGAGGGGAAAAACAAGCUGGGGCUCUAAUGAAGAAAUAUGAAGUAAUACCGCUGCUAACCUCUGACUGAAAAGGCAAUAUUCUGGGCAUUCUAAUUGAGCCACUAUCCAGUGAGGCUUGCUGAGACAGUAGCAUUAUAGAACAACUGUCCUCACUUUUUUGUUGCUGUUGUUGGUACAUUCAAACCAUUUUCUAGCUGUAGGAAGCAGCUCUGAAAAUGGCAAUAUUUAUGAUUCCCCCCAGCUUUUGUAAUUAACCGAUCGCUGUAUGUUGCUCGACUUUAUACUCUGAAUUUUAGUGGUAUUUCCUGGUAAGGAUGAGUAUUUUAUUUUAGUUUGAUCUAUUUUCUCUGAAAAGAGAAGCAAUUUUAAUCUAAAAAUACAGAUUUAUCUAACGUUACUAUGGUAAUUUGUGACCAUGGCAACAGAGAAUUAGCAUUCUGAAGAACAGAUAGACAGAUCUGGUUGGUUGGUUUUUCUUUUUGUUUUUAAAGUCAACGACCUAAUUAAUGGUGCAUGCAUUUCACAAAAAGCUCUUGACGUUUCAUAUUUGUUAACUGUACAAGAUCAUACGGGUCCAAGGGAUUUUGCCAUUCUUACAUAGAAAAGCUGAUGUUAGAACAUAAUGUAACAGUAUGAGAUUCUUUAAAUCUUUUAUUUGCAACAGCAUAGAUGGGGACUUGCAGUCUGAAGGAGGAUCCAGGAUGUAAGGUUUUUGUAGGAAAGAGAAAUAGAACCUAGAAUAGUCCUGGGGAUUCUUCAAUGUCAGACUUCAGGGGGAAAAAACAAGAAGAAUAAAAUAUAUUUAAUAUAUUUCUAUUUUUCCAUCAUUUGAUCAGAACAUAGUGCUUUUGGGCAGGUGCUAAACUUCAGAUACGAGUUGUGGAUUACCCUGACGUGCCCCAUCCCAAGAGCAUGUUCCACAUUCUGCGAAACAUUUAGUAAUGAUUUAAAGAGUUAUAAGAAAUUAACUAUUAUUGAGCCAGGUAGGAAUGGGCUUUUGUGGCUAAGCCUUGUAUUUAGUGUAUUUAUCUCUGCCAGUAUAGCGCUAACAUGAAGGCUCUCUACUAAUGUCAUUUUUAUAGGAAGUGUGUGGAUGUAAGUUUAGCCAAAGCCAAAUCACAGGUUUUUUCUAAGCUUUUCCUUUUCCCUAGGCUCUGUUGGGAAAUCUAGCAACUGAACAGAAACUAUAACAUGGCUGCUAUUGCUUGCUUAUUUGGGGCAACGAAUAUAUUGAAUUAAGUAGAGUUAAGCAACAUUUAAUAGUAUUUUUGUAAAAGCCAGCUGUUGUGACCAAUCUGUAUUUACCACAAAAAUACGGUAACUGAUGCAUGGAGCCAUCAUAGCAUGGGAAGGUUUCCCUCUGAAAAGGGAAAGCAGAGAAAAGGCCAAGCCAAACUGACUUGGUUCAGUUAGUGCAAUCUCCUGUCUGAUGCUGCUCAGUUUAUUUGAUGACCAGAGGGUAGUUCGGAAUUAAACAUACAUUGGAAAACGCCUCCUUGUGACACCAUCACUUUUUUACCCGUGUGCUGAAGCACACUGGUGUUAAAUGACUGGAUUAAUGGAGUUUUCCAGAGAGGGGGAGUUGUUUGAUUUCUGUCACUAAUUUUUUGUAGUCAUUAAGUUUGGUCACUUGCUACAGUCUAAUUACUUAAAUGUACAAAACCUAAGUCUCUUGUUGUGCUUGCUUUAAUACCCAGACUCAUUUUAGGUAUCUUUUAACAUUCUCUUUUUUGAAGAAUCUGUUUUAAAGGGGCCAUUGCUUAUAUUCCGUUUCUAUCUGGAGUAAUACAAAAGGUUAUAUCAAUGCAGAUGUGCUCUUGUUCCACAGGAUGGCAACUAAGCCUUAUUUCUCUUCUCAGUUACUUUGGUAAUUCCACUAAAAGUGGUUUUCCUGGCUAAGUUCCCUUCUGAGGCAUCAGGGUCGUAAGCAUGGAAAGACAGCCCUUCAGUUUGGGUUAAGAGUAUUUGGAAAAGCUCAUUAUACUAUGUCUAUUCAGGCUGUGUCAACUUGCUGAAGAUUGCUGAUGAGACCAAAAAGGCACCAUGUAAGGACUAAAUUUUGAACACUACUUCCUGCUACUGUCUCAUGUGGGUCUCUCUGGUAAGUGGUGCUCCAAGCGCAACUGAUCACAAGUUCGUGAUGGCACCUCUGAAGAAAAAGUUGCUGUGUUAAGGUUUGGUUAUUGAUAUGGGUGGGGAGGAAAGGUUCUGGAGAUUAUAUAUUCACUUACUUACAGUUUAUUUUGACAGAUAAAUGUCUCAGUUUGAAUUUAAAUCUACAUGUGCCAUUAGAAUACGUUUAUAGAUUUAUGAGUUGAAGGUAUGGCUUUUUGUUCUUUGCUAGUGAGUUUACAUACCUUUCUCCCACCUCAUGCCCCAGUUUCUUGAUACUGAUGCCUGUGGAUAUUAUUUUUAAAAAAUGCUGUUUUGUUAUCUUCUCAAACUGUGCUCCUAAAUCAUUUUAGUUUAUCUUCAUGUCUUAUAUGUUUAGUCUUUUGCCUUUCCCCCUCUUCAUUGUUGAAUGA